UUGGUAGCGAGUGAUCCAAGUUUUAUCAUUGGGAUUUUGCGUUUUUUUUCAUUAAAUUUAUCAUUAAGCCGUCUCAAUUUAAUUGAAUAGUUGUGAAACCGUGCUAUAUUAUGAGUAGUAUUUUUUUUGUUACGUCGUUAACUCAGGUUUCUGUGUUAUGCGUAUUAGAUUUGUUAGGGUAACCAUGGACUUUAGAAUCGAUAACCCAAUUUCGUAGCUUGAGUUGGAUAACUAGUAGCAGAUGGUGUAUCAGUGAGUAGGGGGCAGGCAGUGCGAGCCGGUAAGAUGCUGUUCACGCCAUUCUAUAUCGCGAUGACCUUUAUAAAGACUUGGCGCGUGAGGUCGUUCCGCGCUCGCUUGCUGGAAUUCCUCAAUGGAAACACCAGCGUCGCUUUUUGCAAAGUGCCUGAAAACGCUGCAGAAACACCAACUUUAAGUUCAAAAUUAUGUACAAAUCCAAAGAAUGCAUAUCUGUGUGAUCUGCUAGACUACACUAAUGCCACUAGGAUAUGUAGUAUGAAACCGACUCAAUGCAUCGAGAUCAAUGACUGGGUGUCCUGUUGUGGAGGCCUGCCGUUGGGCUCCAGUGACAUAUCACCUGUCACGGACCUGGACGUUGAUGUUUUAUUUGAGUGUGAGAUGGACCCACAUGAAGUGAUAUCACAUCAAGAAAUCACUAAUUUGGAUACAGUUGGGCAGCCAGUAGCAUGGAAAGCAGGGUCACAUCUAGCAAUAGUGCUCAGGACCAACAUGGAGCAUCUGAGUGUGGUGGGGUUCAACUUUGUUGGUGGAGAGUUUGUCAUAGAUCACAAGUUACCAGUAGUUCGGAUACAGACUGUACAGUUAUCAGGGGAACCAAAUAAAGCACUAGACCCUUCAAUGCGAAGUUUAAGAAAUGACAUACAACAGGGUCUGAAACGUCCCAGUGGUGAGUUCCAGUGGCCAUUACAUGCAGCUCUGCUCAGGAAACUGUCCAAAGUUGUGGAUGUCAAGUCUGAUUCUCGAAGUUCUGCCAUAGAAAUGAAUGGCACAAAUGAAAUCCAUUUAGAUGCACCACCCAGAAAGAGUGUCACUCUAGCUGAUGUCAGUGUCAACACCAGCAAGUCUUUGACAGAAGAGGACAAACCAGAAGAAAACAAAGCAAGCACUUCUCAGGCAGUUCAUAAAACCCCUGAGAAAUCUCCAGAGAAGAAAUACAUAGAACUAGAUGACAGGAAAUUAGUUCUUGAUAAUGUGACUGUAGAAAUUCAGCACAACAUUACGCCAAAGAAAUGUAGUUUAAAAUUAGACCUGAAGAAGGGUACAAGUCAACUAUCCACUUCCUUACUCAACAUAUCUAGUCAAAUCAAAUCAGUAACAACACAUAAGAGGAUAGUUAGUACGAGUGGUCUAAAGAAGUCGCAGGCGCAGAUAGAGGGCGCGCCGGCGCUGAAGGAAGUGCCGCAUAAAGAGUCGCACAGCACGCCGAAGUCCACGAAAGAUUGCCGUCCAUUAGUGAAUACAAAAUCACCGAAUGUGUUGAUUUAUUCUGAUAGUAUUACUGCUAGGGAUAAUUUGGAGGCGUCACUUAGGAAAGUUUUGGACUGCGACAGGUACACGUUAUACAGCGUGUCCCGCGAAGCCCUGGAGGCGGGGGCGUGGCGUGGGCGGGCGGCGCUGGUGGCGGUGGCGGGGUGCGUCGGCCGGUGUGCGCCGCUGUUGUUAGCCCACCUGCUAGACGGAGGCCGACUCCUGGCACUGUGCUCGGAUCUGCUUCACACUGUGCUGCCCUACUAUAAGACUGCUGAGAUACGCGAAAAUGAGGUUGUCCAAUUCACAUUCGAUAAAUGGAAGUCGGUAAAAAUGAAGCAUCACAUAUUCUGUUACCAGGCAUCGCCUGCCAAAAAACAAUUCUCGACUGAAAGUGAUCGACAGCCGUCCAAGUACACAGGGCACCCGGGCCACGAAUUGGAUAUUCAAGUGCUGGCGUCUGAGGAGACCUGGAACACGCCUUCAUUGCUGCAGGCCACCGAUCUCACCAACAGCGGCAUCGCAAUAUUCUCACAGAUCCAUCUAGAAGCGGAUCCAAGCGACUACCUAGGCGACGAAGGCGUGAAGAGCAACGAAGCUCGCCUGGAGAUCAUGCAUAAAAUCCUUGGGGAGAUCUUAGGGCUCCAUGUAAAGGAGCCGAAGGAAUGUGCCGCGGUCGACUACACCCGCGGGUUCUUCCUUGGAAACCACGUGGACAAGCUGUCGCUAGUGGAGGGGUGGUGCAAGGGGGUGUCACCUCGUCUGCACCAGCUGGGUGACGUUACGCUGCAGUGGUGCUUGCGUGGGGAGGCGCCUCUAGAACCGCCGUCCAGCACUUUCUUGCCCGUUCACGUCUAUGAGUGCCCGGAGAACUUCUCCACUGUCGAAUAUUUUGAUAACCUAUCGUCGGCGUCGUUGGGUCGGCUGGUGGUAUAUGCGGACGUGGUGCCGUCGACGAUGCUGAUCACGGGCGGGGCGCCGCUGGCGCACGGAGUCGGCGCCAUCGCGCGGCGGCAGGCGCUGGGCCGCGGCCGGGGCGCCAACCGCUGGAUCACGCCACCCGGCCAGGCGGCCAUGUCCUUGCAGGUGUGGCAGAAGAUAUCUCCGUCGUUGCCUCUUGUUCAGCACGCGGCGGCGCUUGCGGCGGUGCGCGCCAUACGCUCGCAGCCCGCCUACGAACAGCUUGAUAUCAGGAUAAAAUGGCCGAAUGAUAUUUACUACGGGCGCGAGUUUAAGAUCGGCGGCACUAUCACCACAGCCAACUGCAUGGCAGACGACGUUAUCAUCGACAUUGGCACCGGCGUGAACAUUUCAAACAGCGUGCCGACCACGUGCGUGAACGACAUCAUAUCGCAAUACAACACGCAGCAUGGCACCCACCUAGCCCCGAUGUCCAUAGAGAAGUUCCUCGCCCGCUACUGCUCGCAACUGGAACGCAUUCUGGAGUACAUAGCCUCAGACGGCGGGGUCGACGCGUUUCUGGAACAGUAUUACCAGUACUGGCUGCACGAUGGCGAGGAGAUCCGAGUGCAAAGCAAGGACGAGUCGAGCCCAGUGGAGGGGCGCAUCACGGGCGUGGACGCCGCGGGCUGGCUGCUGGUGCGCACGCCCCGCGGCGAGAUACGAGUGGCGCCCGACGGGAACACCUUCGACAUGAUGGCCGGCCUGCUCGCGCCCAAACUAUAGCUCGAUACUGCAGGUAUUAAUAGAAUAUUAACGCAGAAACGAACUUAUUUAUUAAAUUAGAACUCGUAGCGGUUGAAAAAUGGUUGGCAAUAAAUUGUUCACAUUACAUUAGUAUGUAAUAUUGUAUAGACGAUGUAUUUGUGGCAACGGGCAAUGGGCAAUGUUGAAUCGUGUGUUCACUUUUCACUAUCUUAUAUGGAUAUCGGAGAUGUUUUGUUUAAAUUUGUAGGACAGAUGCUGGGUGAUGCGGGCGACUCUCGCGUACGCACUGUUUAUAAACGUUAAUGCUACUAUUUUUACGGCUGAGGGCAGCGAAGUGAUGGCAACAACGACUAUAGGCAACAUCAAUCGCGUUUUUGUACGAAUUCGGUACGUACGUACACGUACGAACACUCCUUUAUUUUUACACAACUAUUUCCAUUUCAUUGUCCAUAUUCCAAGUACUCUACAGUAGUUAGUGACAUCGUAACGAAAAUUUUGAGGAAUGAUUCAGGUCAAGAUUCUGAGUUGAUAUUAAGUGGGUUUUUCCGUCACAAAAGUAUGGAACUGAAAAUAAUUAAAAAAAAAAACUAAAAUUUUCAUGACUUUUCCACAAGGAAAUUCCACUUGAUAUUAACUCAGAAUCAUGGUCUGAAUCUAGACACGCGGUCGCGUGUCAAGCCAAGUUCAUCAUACCCUUCAGUAUUCGUUACGGUGUCCCUAACACCCUGUAUAGGUAUGCACACACUAGGUACGAGUUUCUAGAUUUACCGCGUAUAUAUUGUGGUGGCGCUUAUAUACUUAUAUAUUGGUGUAGUAUACGCGAUAUAUCGCCAGUACCAAGCUAAGCGACACAUACAGAAUUACAUAAAAAUAAUAAUAUAAAUAGUAACUUACCUGCGGGUCGUCCGUGCCAGACAGCAUCUAUUAUAUAUAUAAUUAUAUAUGUCGUGUGUAAGUCGUUCGAAGGAGCAAUGACCACUUCUAUUGGUAGAUCUCGUAUUAUGUCUGAAUUACUUUUUAAAAAUAGUUAAAGAGCUUGUUUUAUACUGUUGCACAAUAAGGUAAUUGACUGGUUUUUUACUGCAUAAUUUACUCACGUGAACAGGCUGAAGGUAGAUCUGAAACCUGCUUUUUAAUGACUUUUCCGCAAGGAAUAUCUUAUUUAUCAAGGAUUAUCUUGUUGCGUGCUUUGCGUCUCCUCUCCGCAAUGUUGGAAUCGACACCACAUUGUGAUGUGUUCGCUGACAGAUGGUGGAGUGUAUGGAGAGAGUGUUU